CGGGCAUUUCCUUAUCUAAUCGAAUUACUUUAAUAAUUUGCUGCUUAGUGAUGGAUAUUUUUAGAUUAGUAGGGACCUUCGCCCGAACGACUGCAGCAAAAUCGAAUUGGCACACAUUUGACGUCAGACUAGGUGCAACAAUGGCAUCAACGAAACCAAAAUAUAGACUCACAUAUUUUACCUUCACUGGAUUGGCAGAACCUACCAGGCUCCUUUUUGCCUAUGGAGGUAUCGAAUAUGAAGAUGUUCGAAUUUCCCAAGCUGAUUGGCCUAAAUUUAAAAAAAGUAUGCCAAUACAUCUAAUGCCUGUACUAGAAAUUGAUGGAAAAAUCAUACACCAGAGUUUAGCCAUGGCUAGAUAUGUUGCUAAGCAGGUUGGUUUGACAGGUGAUAAUGACUUGGAGGCCUGCGAAAUCGAUAUGAAAGUUGAUACACUUAACGAUUAUAGAUUGAAAAUCCUCGAAGGUUCUUCUGAAGCUGAUCCAGUUAGGAAAGCAAGGCUUAAAGAAAAACUUGACAAAGAAACUCUACCAUUUUUAUUGGGAAAACUGGAUACUUGGGUUAAAGAAAGUAAUGGUUAUUUUGCAAAUAAUAAGUUAUCAUGGGCUGACUUAUACUUUUUCGCCAUCUCUGGAUUUCUUGAUGUUUAUCAUGGCAGGGAACUACUUCCUGGUUACCCCAAUUUACAAGCCUUAAGGGAAACCGUUUCGAAAAUUCCAGCAAUUAAGGCUUGGGUAGAAAAACGCCCUCCAGAUAAUUACACGCCUUACGCCUGGUGAUUUAUGUUACUUUUAUUAUUUUAAGUGGUUCUUACAAAUUUGUUUUUCUUUUUUGUUCAAGUAAUUAAAGGUUCUUUUCUUAGUCUAAUAUAAAUUGAAUUAUCCUCUACCUUGACACCUAUUUAACGCACAAUAUAUUUCUUAUUGGUUUGACAAUGAAAGUUUUUUCCAAUAUAAAAAAAAUAUUAUAUAAAAUGAUCUAUUAAAUGAAAUAAUUUAUAACAAUAUUAUUUAUGUAAAACCGCAUUAUAUUCACUACUCUGUUUUUAGAAAAACGAAUAUUAAUUUAUUCCAUGACCAAUAAUUAAAAUUUUAUUGCCAGUACAGAAUAGCUUGUUGAUAAUUGAAUUAUGGAACCUAUUAGUUAUGGAUUUCUAUAUUCAAAUUAUUUUUUAUCGAUGAAUCGUGCAAAUAGGUACCAGUAAUAUAAAAAAAUUUAUUCACUAGCAUAGGUAGGUACCUAUCUAAUGCAUGAUUGAAAAAUAAGAAAUAAUUCACAUCAUAAUAAGGUUCAUUUGAUUUCAAUAGAUAUGUAUGGUUUAUUUUUUUCCAAGAUAGAUUUUGGCAUUGUCAACUUUGAAACAUAAACAAUGCCGCUAAUGCCGCUUAUUGGUCGCUAUUGUAAAACCGAUGUCAAGCUGCAGAAACACCUCAUUUUGCGACCAGUCAGGGUCAAGCGUUAUUGUUUAUGUUUCAAAGUUUUCAAUGUCAAAAUCUAUCUUGGAAAAAAAUAAAGUGUAGAUAUUAAUUCCCUACUCAUUAACUUUUGGGAAGAAAUAUAAAAUUUCCCUUGUUUUAAGAACUCUCUUUUAUUCUUAAAUAAACUAAUUAAUAUAUGAGGAAAGUUUUUAAUUGAGUUACUCUACAACAUCCAAUUACCACUUAAUAUAAAAUAUCAAAAGAUCGCCAAUUACUACUUUGACUAAGUAUGCCCAAUUUAUUUCCAGCUUUAAAUUUCUCAUUAAUUUAUUAAUAACACUAUUAGUGCACAAAAAGACAUAAUAUACAAACAGUUUUUCCUAAAAUAAUUUGAAUUACAAAACGUAAAGCGUGUCAAAAACUGUGAAAAAAAUCAUGACAUAAACAUUAUGUAGAUGAAAGGAUAAGUCAAUAAUCUCAAAUGCCUUACGUAAAGUACAUGUGUAAGUUGCAGUAAAAGUGGAAAGUUAUUUUAACAAUCUUGAAUAAUGAAAACAAAAUGUGAGUAAAAACAUUUCAAAUUAGUUAUUCUUUAAGGCGAUAAAAAAUUAAUUGUUAACAUUCUAUUAAUUAGAUGACUCUGUACCCAAUCUCGAUUUAUCAAUAAUUAUUAUGUGCAUAGCUAAUUAUGUAUGAAGCCGGUUAUUUAUGUUGCAAAAUAUUUCAUUUCAUUAUAUGAAAAAUAUAAAUGAUGACUUUUACAAAGAAAAAUUUAUUCCAAUAUACACAGAGAUUUUUUGGGUUUUUGUAUAUAAAACUCAUGUAAGUAUAAGUCAGUUCUAAAUGGAAUCGUUAGUUAAGUAGAUUGUAGAUUGUGAUGGUUGGGGUGUUUAGGUUAUGGACCUCUCCGCACUGCGACGUGAUUAGAUUUAUUGUGCUUCUUCUUAUAUCUAGUGGGUUCGCAGAUUAAGGCUUCUGCAAAAGCCUAUAAUGUUCAUAGGACUAAC